AUGUGGAAACGGAGAGGCGGCGGUCAAGACGGCCAUACAGACUCGGAGACGGUUCUACGCUCAAACGAUACCCCCCUGGCUUCGAUCGCACACCCUACCGACCCGUUAACGACGACUCUCCAAUUGUACCAGAAUGUAGCUUCUCCUACGACCGAGCAGAAAGAUAACGGUCCCCCCAUGUUGUGCCGCGAGAAUCCGGAUUUCUGGGCGAUUUCGCCUACCUAUUUUAAACGAUAUGAGCGACCCAGAAAGAUCGCUGCUCUGACUGAUUGGACUGCGUAUGAACAUCCUGAAGGGGCGUUGUAUUUUCAUCAUGAAUCCAAGAAUAUCUUCACCGAUGCUAGCCUUCGAACGCCGGCCGUGCUCGAGACCAUCUCGGGCUUGGUAAACUCCUUCACAUAUUUCGUCGAAGCUAACGGCAUCGACCUCGAUCCAUCAACCGAACUUGUCCUUGAUUUGGAAGAGGCUGGAGAGGAUAAAGGUCGUUGUGGUUAUUAUCUCGUCGACCACGAGAAUCGAAGCAUUUUCUGGCUAGACGAGUUCGAAAAAGCUGAUCUUCCCGAUUGGAAUGAAGUCCCUGGUGGCCUUUAUAACUUGGUUACUCCCCCGACCUCAUCAUCUGAAAAAAUAACGCAGGAUUUGGUUGACGAGCUCAGAGAUAUGCUCACCCACGCUCUUGGAGAUGUUUCCACCUCCCCACUAUCCACCAUUGAGUCUACCGAAGACGAACUGAAAACCAUGCUUCAGGCUGUCACGGCCGCAGAAAAACAAGUCGGCAAACUAGCCCCAGGCUCGAUGUGUCUUCUAAGUAGAUUCAUGCACAUCAGAGCCCGUCAUCGGUUCAUCAAUUUUCAUGGCCAGCCUGCUGCUCGGCUGGGUCGAAAUCAGGCCAUAUACGACGAAUCGGAUGGCCGAUCUUAUCUCAUUACAUUACUAUCACCAAUGCUCUUCAGCGCGCCUGAAGUCCAUCUCCGCAUGCUUCGUGAUAUAUACGUCGAUCAAAUCGUGUACGCCAUGCACAUCAACAAGGUCAUCUCUAGGUUAAACAACGAAUGGCAGGAAUUUAUCCUCUAUGCCACCGUGUUGCUGAAUGCGAACGUUGCGGUCCUGGCUAUCCAGAGCGUUGAUGAUGGCGGCGCAGAUGGUACCCGAACUCCGGUACAGAUCUCCAGCUAUCUGUCCAUAGCCAUGAGUAUCGGCAGUAUCAUUCUCGGCCUGUUGCUUGUCAGACAAAAUAGGACCAAGGGCAAAGAGAGUGCUCCUGAGGCUAUGAGAUUCAUGAGCAGGCAUUCUUUGGAAAUACUGGCCAUCCUUUACAGCCUUCCAUACGCACUGCUCAUGAUGCUAGCAUUCGUGGGUUCUUUCAGUUUCUUGUGUUUCGAUUCGACGAGUCUCGUCACUCGUCUGCUGGUGGGAGCUGUGUGCGUCGUCAUUACGGCCCUUAUCGUUUGGUGUAUUUGGUAUGCUUGGGAAAGCAGUGGCCACGAGUCAUGGUGGAAAUCUGCUUUCGAGAAGCUAGUAGCAUCAGUGCCUCAAGAACAAAUCAUGAGCACAAGUGAACACGCCGAGCACGGAGACGAGCGGCGUGCUGUAGAUGGCGAGGGAUCUAAAGGAGGGUCUUGGAGAUUGUUUGCGAUGUUUAGGGCGAAGAGGGAUUCCAUGGAUUCCGAAAGGACGACCGUUUGA